AGCCUGGACAGUUUUAGACGGCACAGUCUUGCUACAAGGUAUGAGAAAUGGCUGUGGGAAACAACACUCAGCGAAGUUACUCCAUCAUCCCAUGCUUUAUAUUUGUCGAGCUUGUCAUCAUGGCUGGGACAGUGCUGCUUGCCUACUACUUCGAAUGCACUGACACUUUUCAGGUGCAUAUCCAAGGAUUCUUCUGUCAAGAUGGAGACCUAAUGAAGCCUUACCCAGGAACAGAGGACGAAAGCUUCAUCACCCCUCUGGUGCUCUACUGUGUGCUGGCCGCCACACCGACCGCUAUUAUUUUUAUUGGUGAAAUAUCCAUGUAUUUCAUAAAGUCAACAAGAGAGUCCUUGAUUGCCCAAGAGAAGACAAUUCUGACCGGAGAAUGCUGUUACCUGAACCCCUUACUCCGAAGGAUCAUAAGAUUCAUAGGGGUGUUCGCAUUUGGACUUUUUGCUACUGACAUUUUUGUGAAUGCUGGACAAGUGGUCACAGGACACCUCACGCCGUAUUUCCUGACCGUGUGCAAGCCAAACUACACUAGUACAGACUGCCGAGUGCACCACCAAUUCAUCAACAACGGGAAUAUCUGCACCGGGGACCUGGCAGUGAUAGAAAAGGCUCGGCGAUCCUUUCCCUCCAAGCAUGCAGCACUGAGCAUUUACUCCGCCUUAUACGCCACGAUGUACAUCACAAGCACAAUCAAGACGAAGAGCAGCCGACUGGCUAAGCCGGUGCUAUGCCUCGGGACCCUCUGCACAGCCUUCCUGACCGGCCUCAACCGGGUCUCCGAGUACCGGAACCACUGCUCCGACGUGAUUGCGGGCUUCAUCGUGGGCACUGCAGUGGCCCUGUUCCUGGGAAUGUGUGUGGUCCAUAACUUCAAAGGAACACAAGGAUCUCCUUCCAAGCCCAAAUCCGAGGAUUCACGUGGAGUAGCCCUAAUGGCUUUCCCAAGAAUAGAAAGCCCUCUGGAAACCCUAAGUGCACAGAAUCACUCUGCCUCCAUGACUGAAGUCACCUGAGAUGGCUGGCAUGUCCCAAGCUGUUUUCAACCUCCUUCCAGUUCAGUAUUUCCAAACACACAGUUACCCAAUAUCAAACUGUGAAGAAAAAUAUUCUGUUUUAUCUAGUUAGAGGGUAAUGUUUUGUACAUUUUUGUAAAAUGAGGAAGUGAUGUAGCUUGCCCUGAAUUUUUUUUUCUUUUUGGUCAGCUUUAAUAUAUUUAUGCCAGAAUUUUAAAAUCCGCAAAAUUUUCUCCUUGUUCAAGUGUGCAUUGAAGAACCACAUUUAUUCAAUGAUUGAUGUUGUUUUGUGAUAUUUGUACACAAACUUUUUCUCAGUUUUAUAGACACAGAAAUAAAAUAUAAUGAUUCAUUUUAACUUUUUAUUAUCACAGCUGCUGCCUCCUCCAGAAUUUUUUUAAUUUUAAUGAAAGUUAAACUUUUGAGUCACAGGAAGGAGAAUGUUGGUUAUGGCAAAUCCCAAAAUCAGUUGUAUAAAUAGGAGAGCGUGCGAGCUUCAAAAAAGAACUUUGCAUUCUGAUGUCUUAAUAAGUUGUCGCAUUCAAAGUUAAAGUAUUAGAAAAGUUACCUAUUUAUGGGAAUAAUUGGCAGAGAAUCUUUGAUUUGGUGUUUGGGUUUUAGGAUUCUUUCCUGAACAGUAGCCUUGCCCAGCUGAGAAGUUCAAGAUUUUGGAAUCACGAGUUUGGAAUCAUGCCAUGGACAGACACAACGUUGCAUCCUCCCUUCCAAGCAGCAGCCAGCACCAGCCUUCCCUGUCAACUCAACAGUUUUGUAUAUCAUAUUGUAUGGACUUUAUAUGAAAAUGAAUAUUUUACAGUUUGCACAGUAUUAUUUUACAGAAAGGAUAUCAGAGCAUCUACAGCAUAGAGCCCCAGAGUAGCAUCUGGACUCUGGCUUUUAACUGCUGUUGAAUUUUAACUGCAUCUCAUUUUUCUAGCAUGAUGAAAGCUGAUGUGUAACUCCUUUGUGAGAAGGAGCUCCUUUGUCUGUACCUAUCAGAAUGUUUUCUUGACAAUUCCCACGUUGGCUCUUCUUAGCUUUUUUUGUACAUAUUUUUUUUUCUAAAGAGAAGAAAAAAGUUAUCACAAAAUGUA